GGAAAUUUCUAGUCGACCGAAGACUUACGAGAACGGUAAUUCGACAUCCAGCUUUAAGAAUAUCGCAUUUCAUUCGCUUCGACACCGAGAAGGCUCUGGAAAGUUUCUCCCAUGGCGUACGUUGAACGAGGCGUUGUGAAAUCCCAGAGAUCAUUCUGGCGUCUCAAAACCAUCACUGAUUUCUUCUGGGCCAUCGUAAACAUUAUUGGUGUGUUCUUUACCACCUUGUUUUCGAUGGAAAAAUCAGAGGCUUAUAGAAAAGGAUCCGGUUCUGGAAAGAAAUGGGACGGUGGCGGCCCUGGAGGUCCUGGAUCAGGGCCUUACGGUGGUCGUCCACGCGGUCCUCCUCGCAGUCUCGAUAACGUUCGAGGGAUCGAUCAUAGUUCAUUACCUGCUUGUGGCUCGUGCUGUGGCUAAAUUUUGGCUGCUUCAAUGGUGCGUCCGCAUUAAGCUCUCUCUGUAGACGACGUUAUUUCAAUUUAAAAUUGUGGGACGUGCUGUAAAUGUCAAUGGGAAAUGAUACCUUGGAUUAUAUAUUAGUAUACUAUAUGCCAAACGAAAACGUAAAUCCUUAAUCUAAUCUUUGUGCAUGUAUUAUGAUUAUUAAUCAAACGCUAUUUGGCAAGUUAUAAACA